UUUUUUUCUCCCUCUUCACUUUUCUUUUUUCAGUUCUGAAUUACAGUGGUUCUGGCAGGCAGUUCCCUCCCGACAUUGUUUACAGCACAUGAUACCUGAUUCAGACUCUUUUUAAUCUGUGUAGGGAAUUAGAACGAGCAGCAUCAAGGGAAAGAAUUCAUUGCAAAGAUGCAUCUUUACUCCAUUCCUUUUUUCGCGCUACUUAUUCCAAGCAUUUUAUGCCAAUAUUCUGACUAUGAUUACGGAGCAUACCCUUCACCAGAGGGUUAUGAUUAUUCAAACUUAGCAUUUGGUCCAGCGUCUCCAAAUUGUGCACCAGAAUGUAACUGUCCAGCAAACUACCCCACAGCAAUGUACUGCAACAACCUCAAAUUAAAGAAAAUUCCAACCAUUCCACCAGGGAUACAGUAUUUGUACCUGCAAGAAAACUUGAUUGAGGGCAUAGACGAUGAUACGUUUAACAAUGUGACAGACUUAAAAUGGCUAAUUCUAAGCAACAACUUUCUAUCCAACGCUAAUAUUAAGAAAAAUGCCUUUUCCAAAUUAAAACAGCUACAAAAACUGCAUAUUAACUUUAACAACCUGACUGAACUUGUCGGACCACUGCCAAAGACACUUGAUGAUUUGCAAGCAUCCAACAAUAAAAUCUCCAAGAUUACCCCCAACAUCUUGGAAGGUUUGGAGAACCUGACUAUCAUACAUUUGCAGCACAACGCUCUGAAGCAAGACUCAAUCUCAGGCGCAUUCAAAGGACUAAAAUCACUUACAUACUUAGAUCUAAGUUAUAAUCAGCUGACGAAGGUACCAAUGGGGCUUCCUCCAAGCAUAACUAUGCUAUAUUUAGACAACAAUAAAAUCACCAAUAUUCCAGAUGAAUAUUUCCAAGGCUUUAAGGCACUGCAAUACCUCCGCCUAUCCAACAAUCAGCUUUCAGAUUCAGGUGUACCUGGAAAUGCUUUCAAUAUUUCAACUCUCCUUGAGCUGGAUCUUUCAUUCAAUAACCUGGGCAGUAUUCCAGCUGUUAAUGAAGGCCUGGAAAACCUCUACCUGCAUGUCAACAAAAUCCAAAAGUUUACUCUCUCCAGUUUUUGUAAAGUUGUCGGACCCCUGGAAUACUCUAGGAUAAAGCACUUGCGUUUGGAUGGGAAUAACAUUACCAGAGCUGACCUUCCUCAAGAGAUGUACAGCUGUCUUCGCACAGCUACAGAUGUAGAACUAGAAUAAGGGAUGUUCAUACUGUUUAAGCAGUGGUCCCCAAGCUGUUGAGUUAGUCAUUCUUUCAGUUACAAAAAUGCAGUUAAAAUGUACAAAAACAAUAGCAGAUGUGAAACCUCAGUUUGACACUUUUUAUGGUGUAUGCAUGCUUAAAAUAUACAAUACCACACUGCUAGGGUAUAAAAAGUAAAAUUAUACAUAAAAGCAAGAGUAAUGAAUACAAGAAGUAUACAUCAGUACUUUAUGAAAGCAAGUACAAUGUAUUGCUAGUCACUAGCUUAUAUAACUGGUUGCCCUAUACAGAAGGGGGAACUAGAACCCAAAGUAUGGAAUCAGUGGUGAUGGGGCUGAAUGAAAACCAGGUCCUGCUUGCCAAGCCUGCAUGGAAGCCAAGGUGACAUAUUGCUUCAGACAAGCCAGGUUGAAACCCACACAGGCUCACUCUGCUCUACUGCCUAGCACACGUUACAUGCCAAAUAAUAAAGAUAUUCCCUGGCAGUUUAGAAAUUUACUUUUUGGGGUUAAGUACAAGUAAUUCUGAAGCAAAGUCAGUAUAGCAACAAUGGAAUGGUUUUGGUAAUUGGAUCAUUCCAUUGGUUGCUACAAUAAUGAGACCAUUUUUUAGACCAGGAUCACUUUUUUAUACUUUUUGUGUCUAUAUUUUAUGAUUCCAUGUUACAGCCAUAUAAUCUGACUGAAGGUGACAUGUUUGCUGCUUGCAGAAAUGACUACUUUAUGUAGAAGCCCUUCAUAACUGAAAAAAACCCAUUGUGAUUCAUUCUGAUAUUACAUAUCGAUAUAAUCAAUGAAUUACUAGCGCCUGAGCCUAACAAAUUCAGGCUUCCUUAAACCAACGGCUUACAGGUCUUUAUAUUUUCAAUGUAUGUAUGUAUAUAUGUAUAUAUAUAUAUAUAUAUAUAUAUAUAUAUAUAUACAUACACACACACACAUAUAUAUACAUAAGUUGGGUAAUGGCUAAUAAUAAGAUAACGUGUCAUCGUAGUUCCUUACAACAAUGAAACUUUUGACUAUCCUGUGUUUAAUCUUCUAUUACUUUACCAUUGUUAUUGGUGACAUUAUAUGCAGCUGUAAUAAAAAUAGAAAUUGCUGCAUUUUGGGUUCUUAUAAAAAAGGGGUGUCUAACACGUUGUAUUAGUUAACAAGGAAUAACUGGAAUAUAAAGAUGCCAGGAGCCCACUGUAUAAACUUGACCACUGGUUAAGAAAUAAAGCCUUAUCAAACAGUA